AUGGGAGACAGUAAGCGGGACUCUGAGGACAGGAGCGCACAGAUAACGGAGAAUGGUCCACAUCCAGCAGCCAAAGCUCCAGACGCCGCGGAACAAAUUGAAUGCACCAGCAUCCCAAACGGUGGCGGUGGCUCCACGGCCACUACGCGUUUAUACAAGAGGCGCUGGGCCAUCGUAUUCUUGUUCAGCGCCUACUCCCUGAGCAACGCGUACCAAUGGAUCCAGUACGGGAUCAUCAGCAACAUCAUUAUGAAGUUCUACAACGUGGACUUGUUCGCUGUAGACUGGCUGUCCAUGAUCUACAUGCUAACCUACAUCCCCUUCAUCUUCCCGGUCACCUGGCUCCUGGAUAAGAAAGGGCUGCGCGUAACUGCGCUGGUGGCCAACGCGCUCAACUGCGCCGGGACAUGGAUCAAGGUGGCCAGCGCCAGACCCGACCUGUUCGGGGUGACCAUGCUUGCACAGUUCGCAAGUUCUCUAUCCCAGGUCUUCAUCCUCGGGAUGCCCUCCCGCCUGGCUUCAGUGUGGUUCGGCGCGGAUGAGGUUUCCACCGCCUGCUCCAUUGGCGUUUUUGGGAAUCAGAUGGGUAUUGCCAUCGGAUUCCUGAUCCCACCCAUCCUUGUGCCUAAUGUGGACGAUAUGAACGAGCUGGCGUACCACAUCAAAAUCAUGUUCUACAUCAGUGCUGGAGUGGCCACCGUCAUCUUCGUCCUUGUCGUCAUCGUGUUUCAGGAGAAACCAGAAGUCCCUCCAUCGCAGGCCCAGGCUCAGGCCAGAAGUAUUCCCCCUGAUGAGUAUUCCUACACAGCUUCCAUUUUGAGGCUUCUGCGCAACAAACCUUUCAUGCUCCUGGUAGUCAGCUAUGGGCUGAAUGUCGGCUGCUUCUAUGCUGUUUCCACCUUGUUGAACCGAAUGAUCAUUGAACAUUAUCCUGGUGAAGAGGUAAAUGCCGGGAGAAUCGGUCUGACUAUUGUCAUUGCUGGCAUGGUGGGAUCCCUCAUAUGUGGCAUUUGGCUGGACAAGACUAAAACCUAUAAGCAAACCACCCUCACUGUGUAUAUCCUGUCUUUGGUUGCAAUGCUGGUGUAUGCCUUCACCCUCAACCAGGGUCACCUGUGGGUGGUGUUUCUCACAGCUGGACUUUUAGGCCUCUUCAUGACAGGAUACCUUCCUCUGGGCUUUGAGUUUGCAGUCGAGCUCACUUAUCCAGAAUCAGAGGGAACCUCAUCUGGACUUCUCAACUGUUCAGCUCAGAUCUUUGGAAUCAUUUUCACCAUCUCCCAAGGGAAGAUCAUUGAUAAAUGGGGCACUUUAGCAGGAAAUAUCUUCCUGUCUAUCUUUCUGCUAAUAGGAACAAUAAUUACAGGAUUAAUCAAGUCUGACCUCAGACGGCAGAAGGCCAACCUGCAGGCCGAGGUGCAGACAGUGAGUGUAAGUACAUGUGUGUGCGCUGCAUGAAGUCAGCGGUGGUAUCUUCACAUCCCUGUGGAGAGGGCAUGUGUUAGAUGCCGCUCUGGUUUGAGGCUGAAUUCACUCUGCUGGCUGCUUCUCUGCAGUUUUCACACUGCAGUGCACUGCUUCACAAGAGUGAAUGCAAGAGUUGGACUGCACUGUUUGGUGGAAACCUUCUUUUUCAUCACACUAAAAA